AUGGCAAUAAUAAAUAGUAACAGUACAUGUUUGAUUAACAUAUACGAUGAUACUGGUAAAUUAACUGAUCUAGGAACAGAAUACUAUAAAGUAGGAAAUACAGCACUUUCACAAAAUAAAUUUGGUGUAGUAAUACUUAGUGGGGGACAAGGUACAAGACUUGGCUGUAGUGGUCCUAAAGGUCUUUUUAAAAUUUGUGAUAAAAGUCUAUUUGAACACCACAUUGAUAAAAUUAAAAAAUUGAAAUACUCACAGAACGUCAGACUGUUCAUAAUGACUUCUGAUCAUACAGAUGAAGAUGUUGUAUCUUAUUUUAAAUCAAAUAAUAACUUUAAUUUAGAUGUAGUAUUUUUUAAACAAAAUAGUCUCCCCUGUACAUAUAAAGAUGGCAGUGUUAUUAAAAUAGAAGAUCACAAGGUUUUAACAGCACCAAAUGGCAAUGGUGAUUUUUUUAAAUCAAUAAGUAAAUUUGAUUUAAGUGAUUUAUAUGCUAUAAACGUCAUUUCAGUUGACAACGUUCUAGCUGAAAUAUUAAACCCAGAAUUUGUAGGGGCUUUUAUAAAAAGUAAGGUGGAUUGUUUAAGUAAAUCCGUUACUAAAUUGCCUGAUGAAAAUGUGGGAAUAUUUAUUAAAAAUAGUGGUAAGUUAGAAAUAAAAGAAUAUUCUGAAAUAGACAAAGAUCAAGAAGAAGCAUGUGAGGGGAACAUUUGUAAUCAUUUAUUUAAAACAGAGUUUGUUAAAAUGAUGGGGUUAAAAGAUCUACCCAUACAUAAGGCAUGCAAAAAUAUACCGAAUGACAUUAGAAAAGCUAUAGAUAGACCAAAUGAGACUAAAUGUCUUAAAAGCGAAUUGUUUAUCUUUGAUUGUUUUGCAUUUACCGAUAAAAAUAAGAUAUUUAGUGUACCAAGGUGGAAAGAAUUUGCUCCCUUGAAGAAUGGUAUGAAAUCUGAAAAAGAUAAUCCGGAGACUUGUGCACAGGCUUACAGAAAAAAAUACAAUAAAGAAUAUUAA